AUGGCAGCGAAGAGCAAAAUCCUAGUCCUUGGAGGAACAGGUUACAUUGGAAAAUUCAUAGUUAAGGCAAGCGCAGAAGCAGGAAACCCCACGUUUGCCUUGGUUAGAGAGAGCACGGUUUCUCAUCCUGAAAAGUCUAAGCUUAUUGAAAGCUUUAAGACCUCAGGAGUUACUCUUGUUUAUGGUGAUCUAUAUGAUCAUCAAAGCCUGGUUAAGGCAAUAAAGCAAGUUGAUGUUGUAAUCUCUACUGUUGGUGGAGCACAGAUAGAUGACCAAGUAAAGAUCAUAGCAGCAAUAAAAGAAGCUGGAAACAUUAAGAGGUUCCUCCCAUCAGAAUUUGGGUUCGACGUGGAGCGUCAUCAUGCAGUUGAGCCAGUGGCUAGCUUUUUCCAGAGAAAAGUAAAUGUCCGAAGGGCAAUUGAAGCUGCAGGAAUCCCUUACACUUAUUUCUGUUCAAAUGCUUUUGCUGGUUACUUUUUGCCUACACUGGGACAACAAAAUGUCACAGCUCCUCCCCGGGAUAAGGUAGUCAUUCUUGGAGAUGGAAAUGUCAAAGUUGUUUAUGUUAGGGAGGAAGAUAUUGGAGCUUAUACCAUUAAAGCUGUGGACGACCCAAGAACCUUGAACAAAACUGUAUACCUAAGACCCCCUGGCAAUGUUUUGACCUUCAACGAGCUCGUAUCCUUGUGGGAGAACAAGAUUAAGGGCACCCUUGAGAAAAUCUACGUUCCAGAAGAUCAACUUCUUAAGAGCAUCCAAGAGUCUCCUUUCCCAGUGAAUUUGAUGUUUGCAUUAGGCCACUCAAUGAUGAUAAAGGGAGAUUGUACAAAUUUUGAGAUUGAACCUUCUUUCGGUGUGGAAGGUUCCGAACUUUAUCCUGAGGUGAAACACACUACUGUGGACAACUAUUUGAAUGCGUUUGUCUGAAAUGCAGGGAAUGCAUUGUUUGCAAUAAACUACUUCUGUCUUCACUCAAAUCAAUAAAACCAUUAC